UUGACUAUCGCGCACAAAGUAUGCAGUUUUCAAUAUUGGUAUUCAGCUGCUCGGUGUUCGGCGUUAUUCUCGUCUCCGCCCACCCACUCACAACACCUUUUACACAUCCCGAGAUGAACCGCACAUCAAGUCAUUCAACCAACAAGUCUACACCUCACACCGAUUCAUCUACGUCUCUUUUUCAGAAAAUUUUCACCAUAACGAUAUGUGCGAAGCAACUAAACCUCACCGCGACCACAAAAUUUAACGGAACGCAUAUGCGACAGCAGGAUGGCAAGUGGACAAAACUACCGCCUUGCUCUCUCUCAGUCUCGCCUCAUUCCAACGCCACAUUGGCUUCUGCUCAUAACGUCACAACGCCGCACAAUACAAUUACACCACCCAAUUCUACAAAUACCACCGCGGCUCCUCAGCCCUCCGAUGACGUUGCUUCAGACAACGCUGCCACUGGCUCAGGCGAGGAUAUAAGCAUGUCCGAAAUUGCAGGAAAGAGCGGAGAGCGCAAUCCAGAAUCACAGCAAGUCGAUAUUUUCAAAUUACGUGAUCACAAAAGCGUUGCGCAGCUGCUUGAAGAUGAUGGUGGAGACGACGAGUCAGAUGUGAUCGAAGACAAUGAACUGAAUUUGUGGGCUCCUGCCCUUUUCUUUGCGCUUGUUUCGGCGGCGAUCGUGGGAGUGUGUGUUUGGCGAAGAAGGAGAGAAAGGAAGGAAAGUGAAAAGAAGGUGAUCGUUCCCUGA